GAAUAAAUUAUUGGACAGCGGUCUUUGCAUUAGAGCUUAAAACAAAAUGGUGGCCACAAAAGAUGUGAUUGAAAGUUCUCGUAAGGUAAUCGUAAAUAUAGGACUGCAGUGAAAAUAUGGAGGCCUCAAUAGCUGUCCCGGGCGAGCGACUUGGCAGCGCUGAACAGUAUUCGGCGGGUAACGGGACAUACAGUCGCCACGGCCAUAUCUACUCGUGCCUCGCCGGGUACAGACACGUGGAGAAAGAUGGGGAUAAAUCUGUGAUGAGCAUAGUCAGAGAAGAAGAAAAAGAUGUGGUCCCCAAGAUUGGAUCAAUUGUUACUUGCAAGACUCGUUUCUAUCAUUCUCAGGUUACCAGUGUGAAUCCACGUUUCUGCAAAGCAGCCAUACUGGGAGUAGAGUCCACAGCUCUCAAGGAAACAUUUAGGGGAAUGAUUAGGAAGGAAGAUGUCAGGGCAACUGAAAAAGACAGAGUGGAAAUCUACAAAUGUUUCCGCCCUGGUGAUAUUGUUGUUGCCAGGGUCACUUCACUAGGAGAUGCGCAUUCUUACCUUCUAUCGACUGCUGAAAAUGAGUUGGGGGUAGUAUUUGCUAAAAGUGAAGCAGGGGCCACUAUGGUACCAAUAAGCUGGUGCGAGAUGCAAUGUCCUAAAACCAUGGCUAAAGAACAGAGAAAAGUAGCCAAAGUACUGAAACAAAGUUAGAAGUGAGGUAGAGUGAGAAGCAUAUUAUUCGCCAUGAAAAAGGAUAGUAAAAAGACGCUUCCUAUUGAAUGUGUUUCUUACUCUAGAAAGGAUUAUGAUUGUAGAUCUCAGUCGUAUAGGCGCAUACCCAGGAUCGGCUGAGGUGAGUGUCCAGUCAUGGGUAUCUCAUGAAAAAAGGAUAGUAUUUGCAAUCCUCCAAUUAGAAAUGACCCAGUUUCUGGCGGCCAAGGGUGUAUGUGCCUGUAAGAAAUAACCCAGUGUCUGGCGGCCAAGGGUGUAUGCGCCUGUAAGAAAUGACCCAGUGUCUGGCGGCCAAGGGUGUAUGUGCCUAUAAGAAAUGUGUUUCUUACUCUAGAAAGGAUUAUGAUUGUAGAUCUCAGUCGUAUAGGCGCAUACCCAGGAUCGGCUGAGGUGAGUGUCCAGUCAUGGGUAUCACACGGAAAAAGGAUAGUAUUUGCAAUCCUCCAAUUAGAAAUGGCACUUUGGGACAACCCCUGGUUGUCUUUUUAUUUGACCAGUUAGCAGGUAGUAAUUUUUAGUCAAAUAUUCAAUAGGACCGUGUAAAAGGUGAUCACGUGAAUAAACUGUGACAUCAUUUGA